UUAAAAGCAGCUGGUGAACUUCAAAGUGCCUUGCAUAUGCCAAUGGCCAUCGCAGCCACUACUGUUCUUGUCCUGUCUGUCACCCCAGCUGGAAGGGCAGCCUCAGGGACAGCCAGCUGCACUGUGAAGCUGGGUCUCAGAACCGUCCAUGCCUGAGGUGUCAAGCCUGCAGGCCCUGCGUCUCCCCAGGUGACCACGCCGGCCUCAGGUCAUGCACGGACACAGCCGCAACGGGCAGGCCCAUGUGCCCCGGCGGAAACGCCGCAACCGCUUUGUUAAGAAGAACGGCCAAUGCAACGUCUACUUUGCCAACCUGAGCAACAAGUCCCAGCGCUACAUGGCAGACAUCUUCACCACCUGCGUGGACACGCGCUGGCGCUACAUGCUCAUGAUCUUUUCUGCCGCCUUCCUCGUCUCUUGGCUCUUUUUUGGCCUCCUCUUCUGGUGCAUCGCCUUCUUCCACGGUGACCUGGAGGCCAGCCCCUCGGUGCCCACGUCGGGGGGUCCAGGGGGGAAUGGAGGGGCAGUCCCAACGGCCCCCAAGCCCUGCAUCAUGCAUGUGAAUGGCUUUCUGGGAGCCUUUCUGUUCUCAGUGGAGACGCAGACAACCAUAGGUUAUGGGUUCCGGUGCGUGACAGAGGAGUGCCCACUGGCUGUCAUCGCGGUGGUCGUCCAGUCCAUCGUGGGCUGCGUCAUCGACUCUUUCAUGAUCGGCACUAUCAUGGCCAAGAUGGCACGGCCGAAGAAGCGGGCACAGACGCUGCUGUUCAGUCAUCAUGCGGUCAUCUCGGUGCGAGACGGCAAGCUCUGCCUGAUGUGGCGCGUGGGCAACCUGCGUAAGAGCCACAUCGUGGAGGCCCACGUGCGGGCCCAGCUCAUCAAGCCCUACAUGACCCAGGAGGGUGAAUACCUGCCGCUGGACCAGCGGGACCUCAACGUGGGCUAUGACAUCGGUCUGGACCGUAUCUUCCUGGUGUCGCCCAUCAUCAUCGUGCACGAGAUUGACGAGGACAGUCCCCUCUAUGGCAUGGGCAAGGAGGAGCUGGAGUCGGAGGACUUCGAGAUUGUGGUCAUCCUAGAGGGUAUGGUGGAGGCCACGGCUAUGACCACGCAAGCCCGCAGUUCCUACCUGGCCAGUGAGAUCUUGUGGGGCCACCGCUUUGAGCCUGUGGUCUUUGAGGAGAAGAGCCACUACAAAGUGGACUACUCUCGCUUCCACAAGACCUACGAGGUGGCUGGCACACCCUGCUGCUCUGCCCGUGAGCUGCAGGAGAGCAAGAUCACGGUUCUGCCUGCCCCGCCGCCCCCGCCCAGUGCCUUCUGCUAUGAAAACGAGCUGGCUCUCAUGAGCCAGGAGGAAGAGGAGAUGGAGGAGGAAGCUGCGGCUGCGGCUGCGGUGGCUGCGGGCCUGGGACUGGAGGCGGGUUCCAAGGAGGAGGCAGGCAUCAUCCGGAUGCUUGAGUUUGGCAGCCACCUGGAUCUGGAGCGCAUGCAAGCCACCCUCCCACUGGACAACAUCUCCUACCGCAGGGAGUCUGCCAUCUGACCUCCAGGCCCUGCCCUCCUCACUUCCGGAAAGAGCCUCAGGGGUGGGAUGCCAGACCUGCCUCGGCUCUCAGGACAAUGCUGACCCUGGCUCCGUGGACCUGGAGGAAGGUGGGGGUUUCAAAGACUGGGGAAUCCCUUCCUGUUGCCUGCAUAGUCCAGGACUCAGAAGGACCCAAGUACUCUGCCCUGUUGGCCUAAGCCCCCCAGCACCUCCCCAGGGGUGGCUCUGGACCCCUAGACCUUCCACCCUUUCCCCGCUGACCCUUCAAGGAUGCGCUCCCCCCCUGCUCUCAGGACCUUGAGGAAGGCGGCUGGACUACUGGGGGGGGGCAUCACUGGGUUCUGGGUGGGCAGGGUGGGUCUAGGGAGGGGGAGGGGCGCAUUUCUUUUGCAUGACUGUGGUCUGUGCUCUUGACUUUUGUAAAUAUCUAUAAAUGGAGGAGAUGGAGACACCA